AUGUCGGCAGAACCGAAUGAUGCUCUCUCAGCUGAGAAGCCCAGUGCACUUCAUCAAGAUCUCAGCAAUGAACUGGCGCCAGAAGACCUUGCUACUGAGAUUGCUCAUGAGGUAGAUACUAACGAGUAUUCUCCAUGGACGGCAUCUAUGUUUAAGCUUUAUGGUGUGCUCUUUGUUGCGUAUUGUUGUGGAUGUCUCAAUGGAUAUGACGGCAGCUUGAUGGGCGGUUUGAACGGCAUGACCUCCUACCAGAAUACGUUCAACAUGACAACUGCAGGCUCAUCCACGGGCAUUGUUUUCAUGAUCUACAACGUCGGCAGUGUUGCCGCAGCCCCUACUGUUCCUUACGCCACCGAUCGCUUUGGAAGACGAGUGGGUAUGAUUGUCGGCGCCGUCAUAAUCAUCAUCGGCACUUGUGUUCAGGCCACAGCAAAUGCGAUGCCCCAGUUCAUGGGAGGUCGAUUCUUACUCGGUUUUGGAGUUUCAUACUGUUGUAUUGCUGCUCCGACUUACGUCAGCGAGCUCGCCCAUCCAAAGUGGAGGGGUACUCUUACGGGCUUCUACAAUUGCAUGUGGCCUGUUGGAGCCAUCAUUGCUGGCUGGGUCACAUAUGGCAGCUCUUUUGUCGAAGGAAACGAUAGUUGGAGGAUCCCCGUGUGGAGCCAGUUAGUUACCUCUGGUGUUGUGGCUAGCCUUGUGUACUUCCUCCCAGAAUCGCCUCGAUGGCUAAUUGCCCAUGACAAGCAUGAUGAAGCCGCUGCUGUUCUAGCUCGGCUUCACGGCGAAGGCUACGUUGACCAUCCUAUUGUUCAACUGCAGAUGAAAGAGAUGAUGGCACAGAUCUCCAGUGAAGUCUCGGACCAGAGGUGGUGGGAUUAUCGUGAGCUCUGGAAUACUCACAGCGACCGAAGACGUCUCAUCUGCGUUCUUGGAAUGGCCAUUAUGGGACAGGCAUCUGGCAACUCACUCUCUAGUUACUACCUUGUGACCAUGAUGAACACUGCCGGAAUCACGGAGCAGAGGCUGGUUCUUGCCCUCAAUGCCACCAACAGUGUUCUUGGGCUUAUUGGCUCCCUCAUUGGCGCACGUUUGACUGACCGCGUUGGUCGACGUCCACUUCUCAUUUACAGCAUUCUCUGCUGCUCGGUUAUCUUCGCGGUCAUUACCGGAACGUCGAAGAUGGCUGUGGACGACCCGUCCAACACCAACGCCGCCAACACGACGAUCGCCUUCGUCUUCCUUUUUGGUAUCGUAUUCUCGCUCGGGUGGACCGCUCAGCAGAGCAUGUACAUUGCCGAGACUCUUUCAACCUCUACCCGAGCCAAGGGAACCGCCCUCGGAAACUUUGCCUCCAGCUGCAUCUCCCUUGUCCUUGCAUACUCAUCAGGCCCUGCAUUUGAGAAGAUCGGAUAUUACUUCUAUCUUGUCUUUGUUUUCUGGGAUUUGCUUGAAGCAGCCUUCAUUUUCUUCUUUUUCCCUGAAACCAAGGAUCGUACCCUUGAGGAGCUGAGCGAGGUGUUUGACGCACCCAAUCCUGUAAAAAAGUCUUUGGAACCGAGGACGGCCGAGACAGUUCGGGCAACCAUGAAUCAGAAGGAUGAGAAGAUCUUUGAUGCUUAG